UCAAACUUAUACAGAUGGGCUAUGAUAUUCUGAUGUUUGACGCUUUAUUACUUUAAUAAUCUUUGUGAAAACACAAUAAUAUAUUGCAAUAUUUGCCUCCUUGUACAAUAACGCCGUUCAAAAACUAAGGAUUUUUGCGGAUCAUAAACAUGCCUCUUGAAGCGGUUAAAGUGGCAGUGAGGGUCCGCCCUUUCAAUCAGAGGGAAAUUGAUCGUCAGUCGAAACUGGUGAUUAAGAUGGAUGGCAAGAUGACCAUGAUCUACAACCCGGAAACUCCAAAUGAAGAUCCUAAGAAGUUUUCAUUUGACUAUUCCUACUGGUCCCAUGAUGGCUUUGAUGCACGAGGGGAUGGUACCACAGACCCCAAGCCGGGAAGCAACUACGCCAGUCAGAGGAUGGUAUUUGAAAACCUCGGACAAGGUGUCCUCAACAAUGCCUUUGAAGGUUACAACUGUUCACUAUUUGCUUACGGACAAACGGGAUCGGGGAAAUCCUACUCCAUGAUUGGAUAUGGAGCAAACAAAGGUAUUGUCCCCACCACCUGUGAUGAGUUGUUUAAAACCAUGGCAACCAACGAUGAUCCCAACAAACGGUACGAGGUAAUGUUCUCUAUGCUGGAAAUCUACAAUGAGCAGGUACGCGACCUUCUCUCCAAGGACAACCCAAAGGGUGGCCUCAAUGUCCGACAGAAUCCAAAACUGGGCAUGUUCUAUGUGGAGGGUCUGAAGAAAGUGCCUGUGGGCAGCUAUUCCGAAAUUGAGAAGAGAAUGGAACAAGGUACACAAUCCAGAACUGUAGCUUCCACAAACAUGAAUGCAACAAGCAGUCGAGCCCACACAGUGGUCACCAUCAUUUUUGACCAGAUCAUCAAGACUGACAACGGGGAGACAAAGAAAAGUUCCACCAUGAACCUGGUAGAUUUGGCAGGUUCUGAGCGUGCUGACAGUACAGGGGCCACAGGGGACAGACUGAAGGAAGGGGCCAACAUUAACAAGUCCCUCUCUGCUCUCGGAAACGUGAUUUCUGCACUUGCUGACCUGUCAAUGGGUAAGAAGAAGGUGAUGGUGCCAUACAGGGACUCUGUGCUCACAAAACUCCUCCAGAACGCCCUUGGUGGCAACAGUAAGACAAUCAUGAUAGCAGCCCUGUCCCCAGCUGACAUCAACUACGAUGAAACACUUGGUACCCUGCGAUACGCAGACAGGGCCAAGAAGAUUCAGAAUAAGGCCGUCAUAAACGAGAGUCCACUAGACAAACUUAUUCGAGAACUUAAGGAGGAGAAUGAGAAGUUGAAGAGGGCAAUGGAAAGUGGUGGUAUGGUGAUCAAGCAGGAGGCUGGCAUGUCAUCUGAGGAUCUGGAGCGUAUGCGUAAACAGAUGGAGGAGGAGAUCCGGGCCCAGCUGAUGGCAAACCAGGCCAUGUUGGAGGAGUCAGAGACCACACAGAACUGGGACCAGAAGCUAGCCGCAGCUCAGAAAGAGACCCAUUCUCUGGACAAGGACGUGAGUGAUGCGACAAGGAAGAAGAAUGAGAUUUACCUGAUCAAUCUGAACGAGGACCCGAUGUUGUCUGGUGUAAUAGUGCACUUUAUCAAGGAUGGGGAAACCAGCAUUGGUCGGAAGGAUGCUCAACCAAUGCCUGAUAUUUGCCUCAAUGGUCUGAGUAUACAGAAGGUCCAUGCAGUGUUAACAUGUAAGAAAAAUGUUGUGGAGCUGGAACCAAUGUCUGGGAGCGGACCUAAAACCAAAGUCAAUGGCGUACCCUUGACCAGCAAGAAAAAGCUCACACACAAGGACAGACUCCUGUUUGGAUCAAACCACUUGUAUGUGUUUUUGAACCCCAAGAACCCUGAAAAGAGUGAGGACUUGCCAGAUGAAAUCACCUGGGAGUUUGCCCAGAAGGAGAUUGCUCAGGUCAAGGGAUUUGCCACAGCAACUGGUGCUGGCAUGUCUAAAGAUCAGUUGAUAGCCCAGGAGCAGGUGUUGGAGAUAUUGCCGAUGGUGUCUGAGGUGAACGCCAUAUCAGAGGAGCUGAACAAGCAGAAGAGCUUCGACGUUGUCCUCAUAUCCGCCGCAGCACAGGAAAACACGUACGGUGCAGCUAAUAACACAACAGUGACAGUGAAAAUGAAGAAUCUCCUCAAUGGUAACACAUGGUUGUGGGAAAGAGGAAAGUUCAUGAACAGACGAUACCUCAUUCAGGACAUGUACCAGAGGUUCCUUGAUGGUGAUGACCUUUCCAAGGUGACAAAGGAACAGGACCCAUUCUGGGAGCCCACUGAGGACACCCUCAUUGGAUCAGCCAAUGUCUUCCUGCAGUCACUCUCAUAUGCACUCGACUUUGAGGACAAGAUAAUGUUCACAGACUAUAAAGGGCAGGAGGAGGGUUACAUUGUGAUCCACGUGACCCCGUGCCAGAAGGACGGCAAGGCGCUAGAGGAGGACGCCUUCGUUGAUGAACCGCACGAGCUGCUGGGCAAACCAUACCACUUCAAGGUUACUGUAAAGAAUGGAGAAGUAUACAAACAGAGAUUCUCAAAAGGAAUACAAGUGAAAUACCGCGUCUAUAAAGACGAUUCAUUUACAGAAACUAAAUUGGUUAAAAACACUUUGAAACCAGAAUUCAAACAUAACAAGGUGUUCACAUUCAGCAAGAUAACAAAGGAGCACUUGGAGUUUUUUGAAGGAGGUUGUAUCACGUUCAUGGUAUAUGGGACUCAAGAAGACACGGUGCCUGAUCCAAAAUUGCUCAAAUUCACAACGAGGGAGUUACGCCAGAUGGAUCAGGGGAGUGUUCCCACAAGUGCGGCUGUUACGAGGCGGAACACCCACUUUGCCUUGGAGACUGCAUCGGACCAGUCGCACCUGAAGACAGAGGUCCUACUGCUACAGAGGAAGUAUGAGCGGCUUGCUGCCAAGGAGAGGCGGAUGCAGGACAUCUGUAAGGAGUGGGACGCUAAGCCUGAGGGGGAGAAGCAGUAUGAGCCGUUUUACCGGGCAGUUUCUGCUGUAGCCCACAGCAGUGGUACCAGGCUUAAGACCAGGGUCCACCUACUCAAUCAGAUGCUUAAAUUACAACGCAAAUCUAAUGAGAACAUGAAUUUUGAUCGGAGUAAAACAACAAUGAUUCCAGAAGAACAUAUCAUGAAAGCAGAAAAAUAUCUUCAAGAGAAAAGGCGCCAGUCGAAUGCAGAAGAAAGUCAGAAACACAGUAAGAAAUCUCAGACUGAUGACGACCUUAUAAGCCUGUUUGUGUUCGGGGAGGAGGAGGAUGACCUUCACAAUGAGGCUGAGAGAAAUGGUGGUGUUGUCCACUAUGAACGGGUCAAACACCACCACCAUAAGGACCUUCCACUAGCCCGCUCCCAAUCUUUUGUAAACCAAGGUCAAGUGCAGUCCAAGAAUGGUCGUGUUGUACGAUCAGCAGAGGGGCAACGCAAGGAUGGAAGUUCGGCAUGUGUGCUCCAGUGAUCUCACCUAUCACCAUGGUUACCACUGUUGUUUCCUAGUAAAGCACUGUGGAAAAAUAAUAUCUGUGAUUUAUAUGUACUGUUUUGAAAGACAGAUAAGUUAUGCAUUUCCCUUAAUCAUUAUUGAUUUUGAUAUUCAGAAACACGUGAGUUAUAAUGAUAUAUAAGAUUUACCUCGGUCCUGAUAUUAUAGAACUUCGCAAUAAGGGCUUCUAGUCACAUUUUUUAAAGAGGCCAGCGCUUAAAUGACUUGACCACUCAUCAUGAAAACAAAUAUUAAAGAGCCACUUCAGUCAUAUUAUAAACAGGGAAUAUUUUUCUUCAAUUGUUUUAAGCAACUAAAUAUGAAAAAAAAACACUUUAAACAUCCAUUGGUAUAGGAAUAGUUAUGUACUUGAACCUUCAUUAUUGAUAUUUAUGAAAGAUUUUCGGGCUCAUUAUUUACAAAAAGUAUGGUCAUGUUGUUGGGUUUAAAGCGCCAAACAUUAUAAAAAGUGGCUCAGUUAUUGUUUAGUAAAUUUGAUUCUCACUUAGAAAUAGUUUUGGUCCAAUUGGUAGAAAAUUGGUUCUGUUUUAUCACCAUAUAUUGUGAAUGAUGUGGUGUGUGGGCGUUUAUGAAUAUUUUUGAAAUAUACCAAUGAAUUAUUUAACCUUUUGUUCCAAAGCUCUCACCUUGAGUUUCACAUAUAGCUGGUGAUUUUUGCAUAUAUCAAAGACCUUUAUAAUGUGCACAUAUACAUGUAUGGUGCGUUAUGUAACAAUGUAUUAUGUGCAAGUCAAUAAACUGUGUGUUUGUUUGUCUGUCUGGCUGGCUGUCUGUUAUAUUUACGUUUUUCUUGACUAAAUUCGAAUGGAUUAUUAUUGGUAUGUGAAUGAUAGCAGGAAUCAGGUGAAGUGGCUGGACCAUGAGUUAAUUAUAAAUGCAUUUAUUUUCUGUAUUGGUCAGUAUAUUAUGAGACUCUAUAACUGCGUCGUUUAUCUGUGAUAAAUUAUACUACCGUCCAAUAUGUACAUGCAUUUUUCGUGUUUUAUUUAAAGCAAAUUUAUUUUGUUAUAUCAGAAACUUCUCUUGUUUGCAUUUACAUAUAUUGGUUGCUUGUAACUGUGAUUCAUUUUGAGAAAUAAAGUUUUGUAUUAGAUUUA